ACCUUCUGUACCUGGAUAAGCAAUUUUGGAUCAUUAAAUCGAACGCAAUAAGCCGAAGGUUAUAAUUCGAUUCUGCUAAUUCUACUGGUGAAAACUGUACAUCUUGAAAAUUUCGACCACCAAGUGAACGAAAAGACGUAAAUAGAAGCUUUCAUGAGAAUAUUAUUAUUUCGAACUUUAUAAAAAGCUGUCAUUCAAUGAGCGCACCGGAAAUUUCACCUCUAUAUAAAUUGCAUCGAGUAUCACAAUCGCGAUCAGAAGACGACUAAUAUCCAGACUAAGUGCAUCAUGCAGGAUCACAACGUAGGCUUGAGUUUUCUCGUUAAAAAUGGAAAAAAUCAGGAAUACGAUUUAGAGGAAGUGGUCAACAAAGCUGAUGUGAGCACGAACAAAAAAUUUUAUCACAAAUUUGUGUAUCCGAAUCUUUUCUGGAUCAUAUUUCUACACACAUGCGCUUUGACCGGACUUUACUACCUUUUUAAGGCUAAAGUGCUAACAUUACUAUGGUUAUUCACCCUCGGAUUCUUCUCAGCGGAAGCCAUCACGUUAGGCGCUCACAGAUAUUAUUCGCACAAAAGUUACAAGGCGACAACAUUUUUGAGAACGGCUAUGAUCAUCUUCCAAACAAUCGCCGGGCAGAACAGCAUGUUCACCUGGGCAAGAGAUCACAGACUCCAUCACAAGUACAGCGACAGCGAUGCGGAUCCUCAUAACGCGGCAAGGGGUUUUGUUUUUUCCCAUAUCGGUUGGUUGGUUACGAGAAAACAUCCCCUGGUUAUACAAAAAGGCAAGUGCAUCGAAGUCUCCGAUCUCCUCGAGGACAAGAUCCUCAUGUUUCAGCACAAUUAUUUCGUACCGGUUUAUCUGAUCGUGGGAUUUCUGUGCCCUACAUUCAUCCCUGUUCUCGUUUGGAACGAGGAUUGGUGGACUUCCUUCUUGGUCGCGUACUGUCUCCGGUACACGGUCGUUCUUCAUCUUACAUGGUGCGUAAAUUCACUGGCUCAUAUGGUCGGCACGAAACCUUACGACGGACGAAUUCAUUCAACGGAUUCCGAGCUGGUGGCAAAUUUGACCGGGGGAGAUGGUUGGCAUAAUUACCACCAUAGUUUCCCGUGGGACGCGAGAGCCGGGGAAUUCAGCGUACGAGGUGGAUUCAACACAAAAUGUCUCCUAAAACUUGCUAAAUACGGGCUCGCCUACGACCUCAAAACCGCUUCGGACACCGUCGUCGAAGGACAUACCAAUAGACACGGCGACGGAACUCGACCGAUACUCGCUGAACAACCGGAUAAAAAGCAAGAAGAUGGUUACAUCAAAAAUGGUGGGGUAAACGCACCAAAACUAAAUGGCGUGAAAACGAAUUGAGAUGAUAAUUAUACAAUGGCGUAAAUAAUACAUAUAUUGUUAUUGAUAAGAUCGAUUAUAACGGGCACGGAGUAUACCGUGUGUCCCAGCGUUUUAGACCGCAGUAUGUCCGGUUGCCUGUCGUCAGGCGCCAUCUUCCCCAUAGCGUUAGCCUGGCGCUCGAUGGCAGGCAACCCGUAACAUUCAUAUUUACAUGAGAUAAUAAAAAUAUGAAAUAGAGAAACAAAAAA